AUGUCUGCACCUCUUAAGUCUCAUGAGCUGUGUGAGCUUGUUGACAAAAACCAAGUUGCUCUGCAGUCAUUACUAACAGUGGCUGGGAAUCACGGUGCACACACCAUUAAAGAACAUCUUCAAACUGAUGCACAGUAUGCUGCUCACCUCGCUAGUUUAUCGAACGACAAUGCUUUGCCGAUAGGCAAAAAACCCUACCAGGGUGACCUGCUGAUCUUUCUCAUAUACGAGGGAGUCUUCAGCAGUGUGAAGUCUAUCGGCGUCAAGUUUGCCGAGCACUUUGCCGAACUGGUGAACAACAAGGGCAAUUGUCCUGAAUGCCCCAUUCCAUUACUGGCACUUGUGGCAACAGCGGUCUAUGCAGCCCUUUUCUGGAAGACACUUGGCUCACCAGGGAAGUUCAACUUUACAGGGAAUCAAUUCAGCGAGACAUAUGUGUUUCAUGUCAAGUUCCUCGAGGACUUGAAGAGGGAUGCACCAGGAAAGUUUCAUUGCAUGAUGGCUGAUAUUUACAAAGCUGUACAGUAA